AUGACAAACAUAAAGAUAUGGCCCAAGAGCACAAGACCAUCCAUUGAGCCACCUGAAAUCACUCCUAUGCCAAGAAGAACAAGGAAAAAAAGGUCUAAAGAUAGUGAUGAGCCUAGUAAGAAGAAGUUUGGAAAGGCUACAAGGAAGGGGAGAAAAAUGAAAUGCUCUUUGUGCAGGAAUUUUGGACAUAACAAGAAAGGAUGUCCAAUUGCUAUAAGUUUUAAAAAUGGCUAUACUACUGGAACUGCAAGAACUGCUACAGGUGGAAAUGGUGGUGCAACUACUUCAACAGCUUCUACAGGUGUAAUUGGUGGGGCUACUGGUGGUGCUACUAGUGAAAGUGGUGGUGCAACUACUGCUGCAACAACUACUGGUGGAAAUGGUGGUGCAACUACUUCAACAACUUCUAUAGGUGUAACUGCUGGUGGAAGUGGUGGUGCAACUACUAAAAGACCAGCCACUACUUCAACAGCUUCUGGAGGUGCAACUACUGCUGCAACAACUACUGGUGGAUGUGCUGCAAAUAUUUCUGUAAAUUUUGCAAAUGUUGCUCAACCAACAAGCCAAUUUAGUACUCAACAGUCAACUACUAGUGCUAGUGGCUCAAAGAAGAGUAGCAAAGUUAAAAGAGGUGGUGCAAAUCCCGGAUAUAAGAGGCCAAUAACAGAGAAGUCAAGAACAGCUGGUUUUGGUGUGCUAUUUGGAGCAAAUGGUAGUGUGAUUGAGAGGGGUUCAGUGCCUACCAAUAUCGAUCUUGGUUACAAACCCAAUGGACUAAGGUGGAAGGGUUAA